AUGGAGGCUCCGUCACCGUCCGUGCCCGACGAGAAGGACCCUUGUAGGGAGCACCUCCUGGAGCGUCGUCAGCAGCUGACAGACUCUCUGUCUGCUUCUCCCUACGACCUGAUCCUCUACCUGGAGCGAGCCGUGGUCCACUCUGACCUCGCCUACCCGGACCUCGCUGCUGGUGACGCCUACCGUGCUCUUCUCCUGGCCGACGAGGUCCGCGAUGAGAGCUUCGAGUACCACGAGCAGGCCUUGGAAGCACUCAAGGGCUACUCAACAACGCCUUGCCCUGUGGUCCUUGACCAUGGCUCCCUUACGGAAGGGAUAUCAGACGGCACCGCUGGCGAGGAUGUUAUGGAAGGGCUGGAGGGAGUCGGUCCCUGUCAGCUCCUGGCCCGCCUCGGUUCUGUCCGCGCCUACCAGAUCCUGUCCUUGAGCCUGCUUCUCUGCGGGAGCCUAAAAAGCGCGCUCAGAUUCUGCGAGAGAGGCCUGAACACGGCCCCGAACAACAGAGAGCUCAUCGAGAUCAAGGGCUACAUCGAGCAAGUCGGCCGCCGCAGACUACGCAAAGAGUCAGACGCCCCCAUCGACAUCAACAGCCUCCCCGACCGCGGUGUCGUCCGCCGUGAAGUCUACCCAUGGAACACCCACGAACCGGACCGCUUCUCGGCCGAGUCGCUGGCCCACCUCAACAAGCAGCUGUCGACCAUGGCUCCAAAGUGCGAGGUCCGCGUGUCUAAACUCCCCGUCCUCCUCGAUGACGAGAGCAACACGGACGGCCACGACGUGAUACCGACGUGUAAUCAGCUCGGCCUCUUUGCCAAAGAGGACAUCGCCCCGGGUGAGACGGUGCUGGAAGAGUAUUCUCUCCUCACAGCCAACAACCGACACAAGGAAUCCACCUGCGACGCCUGCGGGACGGCCCUCCCGCCCCUCGACCAACACUCCAAGGCGGUCAGCUGCCCGGAGUGCUACGACACCAUCUUUUGCGACGACUUUUGCUUCACCAAGGCCCAAGAGCAAUACCACCCCGCCGUGUGCGACACGGACGUGGACUCGAUCGCCAAAGACCCCGACAACAAGGACAUUGACCAGUCCCUCUACCUCUUGCUGCUCGCCCGCCUCCUGGCGAUGUCGACACACCAAGAGAUGCACCCCCUGGACGUGCCCUCGAUAAAGUUCAUCUGGGGCGACUUUGUCCCCUCGGAACUCAAGAAGAUCGAACGCAGCCUCAACGCCGAGCCCCCCCCGGAAUGGACCCGGCCUUUCACAUACUCGAUAAGAUGGAUAUAUACAUUUAUUCCACGCUCGGCCAGCACGGACAUUUGGGUUUUCAACACCUGCUACGCCAAGUUCCGCGGCACGGCCUCUGCGCGCAAAAGCUACCAGGACGGGCGCAGGGACGGGAGGCCGGACGUGGCGGCGGUUCAUCCCUUUUGGUGCCUGGCUAACCACGACUGCGAUCCGAAUGUGAGCUGGGAGUGGGGGGGCAAGAUGAAGCUUUGGGCGAGGGACAAGAGGGUUGUUGGGGGGAGGGAAGGAGGGGUGAAGAAGGGAGAGGAGAUCUUGAAUCAUUACUGCGAUGUGGAGCUGCCUGUUAAGGAGAGGAGGGAGUGGGCCAGGGGGAGUUUGGGAGGGUGGUGCAUGUGCUCGAGGUGUAGGGAGGAGGCUGCUGGCGAGGAGGGGAGGGAGGUGAUGGGGGUUGAUGGGGUGGUGGCGGAGAAGAAUUAG